UGAGGUGUCUAGCAGAAAGUAAAAGUCUAAGUGAGAACGAGCAAAUGAAGAAUAAGACACUUACAUUUUGGAUACUACGUUUGUUCCUGCUGAUUUUAAGUAGCGUUUUAGAGACUUCUAACAGUUUAGUGGAGGGUUUGGAAUCAAGUCUGAGUUAUGACUACACCAAAUAUCACCCCAUGGAUGAGAUAUACAGGUGGAUGGAAGAUGUGGAGCGAGGGAACCCAGAGCUGGUCUCUUCUGCUGUCUAUGGACACACUUUUGAAGGAAAAAAUAUCACACUGCUGAAGUUGGGACUAGAAAACCCAGAGGGCAGAGAGAAGAAGGUGAUAUGGGUGGACUGUGGUAUCCACGCUCGGGAGUGGAUCGCUCCUGCCUUCUGCCAGUGGUUUGUCAAAGAGAUUGUGAUCUCCUAUAAAACCAAUAAGAAGCUGGAGCAGAUGCUGCAGAACCUGUACAUCUAUGUUACUCCUGUGAUCAAUGUGGACGGAUACACAUUCACCUGGGGCAAUGACAGUACUCGUUUGUGGAGAAAGUCUCGUUCAAUCCCUCCUCCAGGCAGUAGCUGUUACGGUGUUGACCUCAACAGAAAUUUUAAUGCCAACUGGGGAAUGGUCGGUGUGUCUUUUGACAGUUGUGAAAACACAUACUGUGGGAAAUCACCAGGGUCAGAGCCAGAGGCUAAAGCUGUGAUGGAGUUUGUCGGUAGGAUGGUUAACCAGACUCUGUGUUUCCUCACCAUCCACUCUGCUGGUCAACUUAUACUGUUGCCAUAUGGCCACCCUCAGAUCUCUGCACCCAACUACAAUGAACUGGUUUCAGUCGGUGAGGCAGCAGCAGCAGAAAUGAAGAAGAUACAUGGAAUGGACUACACUGUAGGAACAUCUCCACAAGUCCUCUAUCCAAACUCAGGCUCAAGCCGGGACUGGGCUCGUCUCAUUGGCAUCCCAUUCUCUUACACCUUUGAGCUGAGAGACAAAGGUGAGUUCAGCCACUUGCUACCAGAGGAGCAGAUCCAGCCAGCCUGUGAGGAGGCCUACGCAGGAGCUCUCUCCAUCAUCACAUAUGUACACGACAAGGCCUUCAACACCCUCCCUAACGCUGCUGUCACCGCAGUGCCUGACUUCACCAUGGUUUCUGGGCUUGCUAUAUGGAGCACUGUCAUGGCUGUGUCUCUUACCACAGGGGUCUUGAUGUAAGACCUGAGAUACUGUGCAUCAUGGUGUUGGUAAACCUCUCCCAGAGCGGCCAAAAGAAAUGAUAUCAUCAUUAGUGUUCAUAAUGAAAUAUACAGCUAAUAAGCUUAAUUAUUACAGCCUGUGGUCCUAUGUUAUGAUAAAACAGCUACAUUAUUAUGCUAUUCAUGAAUCAUUUUUAUUGUGACAAGAGGGGACAGACAAGAAAACAUUAGUUGUAUUCAGAGUUACAUGACGGUUAUGUUGUUUCUGAUUUCCACAGCAGGGGGCUGUAUCGCCCCAUUCUAUACACCAUACCCAGACACAUUUUAUAACUACAUUCUUUCUUUAGCUGUGUCCCUUGGCUGGAUGACUUUUCAUACAGCAUAGUUACCCCCUCAUCUAUGAGCAUCUUCUUGUUUUAUCAUCACAUCAAUUUCAACAACAGGUUAGAUCAGCCACCACAAAGACAAAAAAAAUAUUUAGUCAGUACAAAUUUAGCUUGAUUGUUUUUGCCUUUAUGCAUGGCUCCUAUUUAUACACAGAUCCAAAAUAACUGUCAACAAACACAUAGCAUGCUUCAUUCAUCCCCUCAGUUCAAUUUACUAAAAUUCCUAUCUCUCUCUUGGUCAGUGCAGAGUUUACUGUAAAUGCUACACAAAAGCAAAAAAAGCCCAGGUGGAAAACCACUGAGAUGAAACACAUCUGUAUCAGCCGAAGACCAUGAAAAUGUGUGUUAUUAAAGCGGGAAAAAAUUCAAUAUCAUACAGUUGCACCAGCAAUAUGUUUCUUUGCGCUGCAUUGACUUGCAGAUAGUACUACUCUUGUACUCAAAACAGUAAUCACCCAGCUUUUCUAAAAAUAAUAAAAAAGACUGA